CCUGGCUUUUGUGUUGGUGCCUCCGAGCUGCAAGGAGGGUGCGCUGGAGGAGGAGGAGGGGGGCCCGGAAUGAGAGGCACCCUCUUCACGCGCGCGCGCACACGGUGCCGGCGCACGCACACACGGGCGGACACACACACGCGCGCACACACACGCGCACAGAGCUCGCUCGCCUCGAGCGCACGAACGUGGACGUUCUCUUUGUGUGGAGCCCUCGAGGGGGGUUGGGGCCCCGGUUCGGUCCGGGGGAGAUGGCGCAGCCCAUCCUGGGCCAUGGGAGCCUGGAGCCCGCCUCGGCCGCUGGCCUGGCGUCCCUGGAGCUUGACUCGUCGCUGGACCAGUACGUGCAGAUUCGCAUCUUCAAAAUCAUCGUGAUUGGGGACUCCAACGUGGGCAAGACCUGCCUAACCUUCCGCUUCUGCGGGGGUACCUUCCCAGACAAGACUGAAGCCACCAUCGGCGUGGACUUCAGGGAGAAGACCGUGGAAAUCGAGGGCGAGAAGAUCAAGGUUCAGGUGUGGGACACAGCAGGUCAGGAACGUUUCCGCAAAAGCAUGGUCGAGCAUUACUACCGCAACGUACAUGCCGUGGUCUUCGUCUAUGACGUCACCAAGAUGACAUCUUUCACCAACCUCAAAAUGUGGAUCCAAGAAUGCAAUGGGCAUGCUGUGCCCCCACUAGUCCCCAAAGUGCUUGUGGGGAACAAGUGUGACUUGAGGGAACAGAUCCAGGUGCCCUCCAACUUAGCCCUGAAAUUUGCUGAUGCCCACAACAUGCUCUUGUUUGAGACAUCGGCCAAGGACCCCAAAGAGAGCCAGAACGUGGAGUCGAUUUUCAUGUGCCUGGCUUGCCGAUUGAAGGCCCAGAAAUCCCUGCUAUAUCGUGAUGCUGAGAGGCAGCAGGGGAAGGUGCAGAAACUGGAGUUCCCACAGGAAGCUAACAGUAAAGCUUCCUGUCCUUGUUGAAACCAAACGGUGUAAAUACAAGAUAAAUUAUCACUGGAGUUUUUCUUUCCCUUUUUU